GUAAAUGUUUUGUUAUACGGUUAUUUGAGUUUUGCAAGAUGUCGGAGUAUUCGCAUGUGAAAACAAGCAAACUUGUGCUAAAAGGAUCAAAAGACAAAAGGAAGAAAAAGAAGCAUAAAGAAAAGAGAAAGCGAGACAAUGAAGCAGAAAAAUUGGAUAUCGUAGGUGGUUGGUGGGUCAUAAAAAAAUUUGGCGACAUCACAGGAACUGUGGCUGUAGAGAUGAACAGUAAUGCCUAUGUCCAUGCCUUGGAUACCGGACUGUUUACUCUUGGCGCACCACAUGGAGAUGAUGAAGGCCCUGAUCCUCCAGAACAGUUCACUGCCAUUAAAUUAUCAGAUACCAGAAUUGCACUGAAGUCUGGCUAUGGCAAGUACCUUGGUAUAAAUUCAGAUGGACUUGUGGUUGGACGCUCAGAUGCAAUUGGAUCCAGAGAGCAGUGGGAACCUGUUUUUCAGGAUGGUAAAAUUGCUUUGAUGGCUGCAAAUAGUUGCUUUGUUUCGUAUAAUGAGGAUGGUGAUAUAGUUGCUAAAAAGAAGGCUGCAGGAGAUGAGGAAAUGAUAAAGAUCCGCUCUUGUGCUGAAAGGGAAGCCAAGACAAAAGAGGGCAUUCCAGAUGAAGACCUAGGAAAUGUCAAGAACUGUGAAAUCAAUUAUGUAAAGAAGUUUCAGAGUUUUCAGGAUCGCAAACUACGAGUAAACGAAGGGGCCAGUGCAUCACUAAAGAAGGCAAGGAUGGAAGGACAUUUUCAUGAGACAUUAUUAGACAGGAGAGCCAAGAUGAAAGCAGACCGCUACUGCAAAUGAAAAAAAGAAAUCAAUAUUUUUUUUAUUUCUAACCACCAAACCACAGAUUUGGU